AUGUAUAAUCACGGUCAGAGCCCCAACAAAACUGUUUUCAGAGAUAGUGAAUACUUCGGACAGAUCAAUAAGUUCGGAAAACAUUUCAGGACAGUUGAUAGAAGGAGAGAAAUCUGGAGAGAGCCAGAUAGUGAGGAAGAAAGGGAAGUUAGGAGCAGAGGGAAUAGUAACGUCCUUAGUCGGUUCCCAAUGUUGAGGAAAUAAGCAGACAAGGAGAUAUAAUGAUACUUUCCAGCAAGAUAAUGCUCCUAAAAGCCUUGAUAAGUGCCUUAAGCCAAGAGUUUUGGUGAAUAAGGAUAAAGUUAGGAGAAAGAUAAAUUUAAAGAAAAUUCCGAUAUGAAAUAAAAGUCUUUCGAAAACAUUAGCUGCAAAGAAAUCUAAGGUGAAAGCUCGAUACUUAAGAGAACCGAAAAAUAGUUCAAGUAUGAUCGAUUCUAAAUUUCUAAGAAAAGGAGACCAUGUCCGUUCUCAUCAAAGAGUCCAGAGCAGUUUAGAAUAUAAUGAUAGUACAACAUCGUAUGACACCUCCCAAGUAUAUCUGAAUUCCUCAAACAACUUUGAGACAUUCCGAUCUGGAGAACAAAAAUCCAAACAAAGAUAUGAAAUCCUAAAGAAUUUCACUAAAAUUCAAAGAAUCAUAAGAAAUUCUUUCAAGUACAUUGAGAACAGAGAGAAAGACAUCAAGCGGAAAGAAGAAGCAGAUCCUCUAUUCGACUCUAAGUACUCUUUAGCUCUCCUGAGGAAAGAAAAUCCUGAGUAUAGACAACAUCUAAGGAACAUUAGAAAAAUGGGGACCAUUUUAAAGGAACUCGGACCGACUGAGUCAAAGACCAGGGCUAAAUGUUAUCCUACGUACAAGUACUACCAGAGUUACGAAUAAGGUAUGCUAAUAAUUUUGGAGAACUGUAGUUAACAAAGAAAAUGAUUAAAAUAAUUUUGAUAG